AUGGAUCGCGACCAGAUCCUCACGCCUCGCCAGGUCGAGGGCAUGAUCGCCAAGGGCGACACCAUUGUCAUCUUUCAGGACAUGGUCCUCAAGCUCGACGGCUGGCUCCAAAAACACCCAGGCGGCAAGCUGGCCAUCCUCCACAUGGUUGGUCGCGAUGCGACAGACGAAAUUAUGGCGUACCAUCGCGCGCCCACCCUCAAGUCCGUCAGCGCAUUUCGGAUCGGCCGGAAACCACUGGGCCCCUGGAUCAACAUGAAGCCACCAAUCCGCGGCGGCGUCUACCUUGAAUGCACCGACGACGAGGCCCGGGCUGGCGGGGCCUUGGACGACUCCGACACCGAGGGCGAGUCGCUCCUCUCGGAGCCUGCCCUGACCGACAUCUCCUCCGGCACCUCCGUCUUUUCCUCGACCGACGCCGGGUUGCGAAAGCGCAUUGGCACACCGCUGUCGCAAUGUAGCUCCGCGUCCGUCGAGGGGGGCGACGCCGGCGCCAUGACCCGCGCCGAGUUCACCACGUCCGUCUGCCAGGCCGAUGUCGCCAAGGACUUGCUUGAGUAUCCUCCGCUCGACCAGGACGUCCAGGAGGACAUUGUCCGCCGCUACCGCGCCCUGCACCAGGCCGUCAUCGACGAGGGCCUGUACCAGUGUAACUACUGGAAGUAUGGAGAGGAGAUGGUCCGCUACACCUCUCUGUUUGUGCUGUUCCUGGUCGCCCUGCGGUAUGAACAGUACUGCCUGUCGGCCGUCUUCCUCGGCGGCUUCUGGCAUCAGAUCAUGUUCACCGCCCACGAUGCCGGCCAUCGUGCCAUCACCCAGAAGUUUGUCAUCGACUCGGCCAUUGGUGUCUUCAUUGCCGACUUUUGCUGCGGUCUCUCCAUCGGCUGGUGGAAGAGCAGCCACAACGUCCACCACCUCAUCACGAACCACCCUGAACACGACCCCGAUAUCCAGAACCUCGCCCUCUUCGCCACGAGCCCGCAGUUCUUCAAGUCGCUCGUCUCCUCCUACUACGACGGCUUCGUCUUCUACUGGGACCGCCUGGCCGAGUUCCUGGUGCCGAUCCAGCAGUACACCUAUUACCCGAUCAUGGCGAUUGCCCGCUUCAACCUGUACGUCCUCUCAUGGCUGCAUGUCCUGUCCAACAAGUCGUCCGGGCUAGGCGGCAGCAAGGCAUGGUGGAUCCGUCCGGCCGAGAUGGCGGGCAUGGCAUGCUACUGGUUCCUCUUCGGCUACUGUCUCGUGUGGUGCUCCAUCCCCACGUGGACGUCGCGCAUCCUGUUCGUCCUCAUCUCGCACAUUGUGCUCAUGCCUCUGCAUGUGCAGAUCAACCUGUCUCACUGGGGCAUGUCCACGGCCGAGCUGGGCGAGGGCGAGUCCUUUGCCCAGAGACAGAUGCGGACCACCAUGGAUAUCGACUGUCCCACCUGGCUGGACUGGUUCCACGGCGGCCUGCAGUUCCAGGUCGUGCACCACCUGUUCCCCCGCGUGCCUCGCCACAAUCUGAGGCGCGUGCAGACUCUGCUCAAGGAGUUCGCCAAGGACACCAACAUCCCAUACUCGCUGAUGGGAUUCGUGGACGGGAACCACAAGGUGCUAGGACGCUUGGGCGAGGUUGGCGAGCAGGUCAAACUGCUCGUCCGCUGCCAAAAGGAUAUGGCUGAAAAAGGCGAAAUGGGGUUACAUUGA